AUGCCUUCACUACUUGAUCUUCCCAAUGAAAUCCUACUCCAUAUCAUUGCAAACAUCGAUCUCUAUCGUGAAGCGCGUAUACUGGGGUAUGAUCCGGAUUGCUCAACUUCAUACCUAGUAGGAGAGCAUCUCAUCGACGAGUUUGAAGAAAACUGCCGUACGCUGCGCAAUCUGGCGCUUACGUGCAAGCGCUUAUCACCUUUGGUCGCGGAGCAGAUAAUUUUUGCACCUCUCGUCACAAAUUGGGACUAUCCAGAGACGUUACAACCACGUCGUGGCAGACCGAGCUGUGCUCACUUACUCGCAUUGAUACGCCUACUCGUAGCCCAUCCGGAGCGGACAAAUUACGUGAAGCAACUGCGGUUAUCGCUCCGCCCGGAAAUCGAACUUGAUUAUCAUUUCAACGGACGAAAGAUCUGCCCCGUGCGAACGCUCGCGCUCAUCGAGUCGCUUAGAAUCCCUUCAACCUCGAAGCAUGCGUUGAGAGAGUGUGCACAAGAAUACCCUUCGAUUACCUUGGUCUCAAUAUUGUUGACGCUUGUGCCACGACUUGAACGACUGUGUAUUUCCAUGCCAAUCGGGUUCAAGAUCAUUACGGAAGUAGAACGCCCCUGCUGCAUUUUGAAAAGGCUCUCCUUUCACACCUUGAAGUAUCUCAAAAUCGAAAAUUACAGCUUUAUUGAUCUAGGCCAUUUACCUUGUUGCGCAGAUACCAACAUACUUGAUCUUAGUAUCUCUCCAGAAGAGAUCAGGCACGACUUCACCGCUCCCGCCGCUCCGACCACACUUUCAACGUUAUCAAAGAAGAUGUCAAAUGCAUGCCUGUCUGAGCUACGCCAUCUAAGAGUGGAUUUUCAGACAAGAACGGUAGGCAUAUGGAAUCAUGGAAAGAGGAUGUACAUGAUCGAUCUUUUGCAAAAAUUCCGUCAUCUCAAACACCUCGACUUCUACGCAGAAAGCUCUGACUGCAAAAACCCCUUUCGCAGUGUUCGCGCGUUUCCACACUACCAAGCCAACAUACAAAAUUAUCCUGACGAAUCAGAUCAUCUUCCUCUCCACGUAGAGGAUCAAUAUUGGGACCAAAGAUUAUACGACGCACGCACUGAGAUUACGGAUUACCAGAAUCUCGUCGACUCUAUUAUACAUCUCAGGCCAACUCUGGAGACGUUGCGUUUACCAGGCGGCUUCUGGACGUUACCUGGGGGCAUGCGCAAACCUCUGCCGCGCUUCGACAAGUUUACGCAGUUGAGCAAGCUGCUCAUUCCUCAGGCAGCCAUCCUUUCAAUCAAAUUGGACAACAUGCGGCUUGACGACGUAGUCGGUGACUUUGAUCUUUCUCCCAAGAUGGCCCUACCUCCAAUGUUGCGACAUCUGGUAGUUUUCGACGCUGAUGCGCCAUUUUUGCAUUCGCAAUGGCUUCUCGACUUCUUCGGCGCUCAACUAGGCCGAAAGCAGUGGCCGGGCUUUGAACAUCUUGAGAUACGCCUCGGAUACACUGUUGAAGAUGACGAACUAGAAAGGAUAAUUGCAGGACGAUCACCAUCGCAAAAAACCUUCUGCACACUCGCCCGAACAGCUCCCUUUCGUACAGUCGUCAGAAGAGAUGACGAUGUGCCAUCGCUCAGCCUCGAAUGA